AAUGAAAAUGACAUCAUUAUUAAUUGUAGCUUUAUAAAUAUAUACUUCAUUGGCAGUCCUAGGAAUUGAUCUUAGUGCUAAACAUGAUGAUUUCUAAUGCUUCAAAAAGAAUGGAUAUCAAUUUGCUAUUACAAGAGCAUACAGAAGUUAUGGAGCUGUGGAUCCAGAUGGUUAUUAAAAUUUAGAAAAAGCAAAAGCAGCAGGAUUAAUAGGUGAUGUCUACUUCUUUCCUUGCAAAGGAAGUAAGUAUAUAAUUGUAUAUAAUUAUUUUAGAAAAAACAGCAAAGUCUUAAGUUUAAGAAUUUGUGUAGCUUUUUGGCAAUUAAUAAACAUAAGUUUAUGGAACAGUUUGGGUUGAUGUUGAAUCUAAUCCUAGUACUGAUUGUGGAUGGACAAAUGAUUAUGGAAGCAAUUGUAAUUUUCUAUAGGAACUUGUUAAUGAAUUGAAAGGUAAUAGUCAAUCUGUUGGAAUUUAUGCUUCAUAAUAUAUGUGGACAUCUAUAUUUGGUAGUGCAUCAGCAUGUUCUCACUUUAGUUCCCUUCCAUUAUGGUACCCUCAUUAUGAUCAAACACCAACUUUUGAUGAUUUUCCUAAAUAUAAAUUUGGUGGUUGGACUACUCCCAGCAUCAAGUAAUAUUCAGGUACAACUUCAGUUUGCGGUGUAGGUGUUGAUUUAAAUUAUUAUAAGUGAA